CGCGCUCCGUGGUGGCCCCACUGUCGGCGCGCCCGCAGCCCCGCCACAGGCAGCCCAGGCUGCCCAGUGCUGCCCAGGCAGCCCAGGCAGAGCCGAGCCGACCGCACGGCCAGCCGAAACCUUCGACCCACUAGUCUGCGGAAACCUCCGAGGAGUCACAACCAGGGAAUGGAUCGCGCCAGUCGCCCAGGUCUGUGGAGUGCCCGCCUAGCAAGCCCGUGCCCACGAGUCUGACGGGCUGUUGCAGGGGCAGGAUGCUCCCCAGUUGGUUCGCCCUGGCUGGGUUCUUUGCCGUGUUCACGGGCGGCCCUCUCCGAGUAGCCGGCCAGGGGUGCUUGCCGGUACUGCUCCUGGCGGCUGUGCAUCUGUCCCAAGAGGAAUGCCAGACCCGGUCCAUCUACUGCUACGAGUGCGACUCGUGGAAGGACGCCCGGUGCAAGGACCCGUUCAACUACACGGCACUGCCCCGCGACCAGCCGCCCCUGCAGACAUGCAACGGCUGCUGCGUCAAGAUGGUCCGCAACGCCAGGAGCCAGUACGAGACGGUGCGAAGGACCUGUACAUCACAGUUGCAAAUUAAUCUUUUCAUGGUGGACCACGUUUGUAUGAUGGAAAGUAGCGGCACAGGCCAUAUGUGUUUCUGUGAAGAGGACAUGUGUAACCCAGCCACCCCGACAACCCGUCCCGCAGGGCCGGCCGUCCUCCUAGCCUCCGUCCUUCCAGCAAUCCUUGCAUGGCAGUGCGUGGCGUAGCGUGGCGUAGCGUAGCGAGGCGUAGUGUAGCAUACGUUCUGUUACUUUUGUUGACGUUGUUGCUGCUCCAGUGAGCUGUUUUCUGCGCCUUGGAGGCAAAGGGUUGGGUUUCACGCGGUUCCGCGGCGCGCGGGUCCGAGUCAUGCGAAUUACCAGUAAAAGGCAAACAUACGGCUCUUUUCAAAAUUGAUUUUGCUGAACCGAUUGUCGAGUUCACCUGCAACCGGUAAGCUACAUAAUAUGUCUCAAAAAUUUAAGCAAUUUUAAUUCCAACGAGGAAAGUCCAGAAAUAAAGUAACUAUAUUUUCUUUCUCACUGCCAAAUUACGAUUAAGGGGAAAGCUUCAAUAGUUUCGGUGUUUCCCCUUUGCCAAGAUGACCUUAGGGGUUCGCAUCGCGCCUUAGACCCGCGCACCGCGCGGUAGAAACGAUUUUAGUAUUAAGUGCAAGAGCUGUGAUAUGUAGGUGAUGGCAAAAAGUAACUGAUGAAGAUUUGUCGCGAAUCAUCCCGAGUUUCCUGCCCUCCUCCCAUACAAAACUCGCCUUUCUACGUGCACUGUUAACAUUUUUUUAAACUUUCAAAAUUUUUUCAAUAUUUUUGAAAUCUGUCACAAAGUUAUCAUCUUCAAAGAUCCUUAUAAAAAAAUUACAAAAUUGCUUAUUAAGUUAUUUUAGUAUAACUUUCAACAGUGUUGGUUGUGUCGUAUGCGAGAGUCAGGAACGCAGUUUGGUACUGCUUUCGGACGCCCCGCUGGGCGAAAAUACAAGUCUUCCCCCAAAGUAGCGACUCCACUAAGACACCUGUAGAUCCACUGCAGAGGAGCGCGUUCCUUGGAGUAAAUCGUUUCUAUUGAUUCUGUAGAUUUUUUCCAAUAUUUUAGAGCAUAUUGUAGUUAAUAUUAUUGCUUGUGUUCUGAAACGUACUAUUGGGUCAAAUAUAGGAAAUUGAUAUUAAAUUUGGUCAGAUAAAAAAAUACAGCAGUUAUGAUGAUCUGAAUAUCAGUUUAAGUCUUUGCUUUAGUUGUGAGGUAUGUAGUACAAAAGAGUUGAAUUAAUUUUGACGUGUAUAAAGGAUAUCCACAUAUUGUCCACCACAAAUACUGAUAACACAGUAAUUGCACAGUUUCUAGACUUCUAUGAUAAAAGAGAUCCUCUUUGUUAAAAACACCAUUACUAUCAUUUUAGUCCUAAUUAACUAGAAAUUUAACUUGUUACAAUGCCUCGCAAUAAUGCAAAAUAAGGAAACAUUGAUGGAAAUAAGGUCAGACGCUAACUGUUUCCCUUCGCCUCAUUUGGUUAUAACGCUCUUGGGAAAAAAAUGUGAAGGGUUGAAGGAAAGCUUGUGAAAAUGAGGUACGUUCAAAAAGAUAUAAGUACAGGACACAUAUCACUCCUCAAUUUAAGGGAAACUGUGGGCUCAAUGUAAAAUAUCUAAUCCAUGUAUAGUACUAAGCAACAUAACAAUGUACCUACAUUUGAGGCAAUAUUAGAAACUGAUAAAGUUUCUAUGAAGAAGAAGAAGUCUGUUGCCAAGAACUAUUGGGAAUUUUAAGCUUCAAGCUUUGUGACAUUUGACACAAUAUUACGGAAUCCAAAAUUGAGAUUUAGGAUUUUAUAAGCUAACAAGACCCAGGACAUUUAAACUCUCUUCAAAUUCAUUUAAAAGUUCUUUCAAUUUUUUUAGUAUUGCUUUUAUAAUCUAUUCUGGGGAAAAUUUCUUAUUAAGGUUUUAAUUGAAGGUCAGUUACAUACUUAGGCCAAAUAAAAAAUCUUUUACAUUCUUUGUGAUCUGUAGGUAGUGUUGUAGUUAACCAUUUAUUGUUGAUAUUAAUAUUAUCUGGGAGGGAGGGCUCCAUAAUUUUUAAAACAAUAAUUAAUUUUCUUAUAUAAGUAGCUCAUAUCAAGAGUAUUAUAAAAUUAUGAAAGCAAAUUCAUGGCUUUUCAUAACUGCUCAAGUUCCAAUAUGGGUGUGAAGUAGGAAGAUGUAACAUUUAACAGAGUUGACAGGAAUAGAUGUUAUCCUGGAGAUAACACAUCACAUCAGUAAAACAUUCUAACAACUUAAACUUUUGGAAAUUAUUGAAAUUUUGGGAGGGAUAAAACAAGAUGGAUAGGCAUUUCAAAGACAAUAUUUGCAAUGAGUAUGAUACAAAUAAGCAACUUUCUGUCCUUUCUCAAUCUCUAAUGGUGGAAUCUGGAAAUUACAUUAUGGCCUUACAAUGUUGCUUGCAAUGUCUUCUAAAGCUAGCUGCACGCAUGAAUCACAUAGUAGGGCACAAAAGCGUCAUGCACAGCCCGAAAUACAUGGAGUAAAGUGGCUUGACUAAAUGCUUGACAUUGUGAUCAAGUUAAUAUGUGCUAUUGGCUCAAUUUUUCCUUUUAAUGUAGAGAAAAAGCCGUUGCGGAGCAUGGGAGAAAAAGUUAAGCACUCCACCGUCAGAGGCUUCACUGAGUAAAGCUUAUAGAGGCAUGCAUUUACUAUAGUUGGUUGUUGACUUUCCAGGUCAUACGGAAACAGCAAAAGUUAACUUUCCAGCUUACAGCUACGCUCCUCGGAAGAAUCAGGGUGACAUAAGGUUGUUAGAUGAUUCCAUCCCUAGGCUACGUACACUACAACCAUGUCACUUUGUAUGGCAGAACCAGCAUGUUGUAGAUUUUCUAUAGAAAAAGCAAUUGUGAUAGUAGGAGAGUUGUGGCAUCUGCCGAUCUCAGCCUGUAGAUACUCAAUCUAAAAUCUGUAGUUAUGGUCUGGUCUAUAUUAUGAUUUCUUUCAGUCAUAAAAUUAUCAAUCUAAUCAGUUGAGUUAGCUCCUAACCACUGUAUCAUUAAUAAACCAUGCUGAUUGCACUAAUGUAACUGGCUUGAAAUAGCUCUAGAUAAAACAUGAUUUUUAGGGGGGGAAAAUGCUCCCAGUAGGUGCAUGCUAAGAAUUGUUGGACUUAGCCAACUCUUCUGCCAUUCAGUAUGGUAGUUGAGUUGGCUAUGAAAAAGGAUCGAAAACUCAAUGAACCCCUUCAGACAUCAAAAUGAGACAAAACAAAAAAUCAAAGUGUGGUAAAUCACAUGUUUUGUCUCAUUUAAAAACAGUUUUUCUUCUCCACAUUGUCCCCUUAUUGCGCCACAUUAAUGUGGUUAUACUCCUGGGGUUGACAAUGAAGUGGAUCCUGGUAAUAGCAUGUAAUUUAUAAACAUGGAUUACUGGAGAAGAAGAGCUUGUUGUCCCCUUCCAUGUGGCCUGUUGUCAAUCUUUUCCACAUGUCAAUUAUAGAAGCCACUUUGAAUGGAUACUGUGAUGAAAGGUCAUGCUCUUUGCUGACAUACUCUUUUGAAUAUGUAUAAUUCAUUCACAAAUGUAAGAAAUAAGCAUCCGUCUUCAUCUGUCUAAUAAUAAGGCACACAAUAAAUUCCCUCAUUGUCAUGUGCAAAACAUACACAUACAUAUGAUGGAGACACAACCAUGAUAAUCAGGCAAGAGUCUCAUUUUGAAACAAAUUAGUACAAUAAUCCAGAUAACACUCCAGACUGCAAUAGAUUAAAUGAUUAAGAAGCAUGCACAGGACAGAGUUCAACUCAUAAUCGAGGUAGACUACACCUUGAGGCAAUUUGGUGUCAAUGAAACAAGUAAAAUUUCUGGCCAUAACAAAUUUGUUUAAAAGAUUUUCCUAAUUAAAUGAUGAUUCAGAUAUCACUAACUGAUGAUGGCAAACUUGUUUCAAAAAGGUGGAAGAUAGAAAACUAUACCUCAUUUAAAUUGAUGUGCAGUCUUCUUCAACACACAUUGUUUGGCAGAGAGAAUGAUUGUUUGAAAUGUUCUUCAACACAUCAUAAAGAACUGUAACACACAAUUGGAACAACAUGUGUGUCAGAUAAGAGACGUAAAAAAAAAUCCAAACAAAUCAAUCAUGUUAGUGUACUUGUAUGUUCAUGUAUUUACUUGCCUUCAGUGGGAGCUGUCUUCAUCCAGGACUAGAAUGUGAAUAAUAUGGAAUGACAUUUUUUUACUCAAUGUGGUAUGUCACAACUUAUUUCAAUAAGUGAAAACUUGUAGGAUAUCUGAAUCUAGAGAAUGCUUCCUUUUGUAAGAUUAUGAGUAUCCACAAGAUAUGUUUCCACAUGAUGUAAACAAAAGAAACAAACCUGAUUAAUAAUGCAAGUAAAAAUUCAAUUGAUACAUGAUGUGUCAUCGCAUCGCAUUAAUAGCUAACAAAAAUAGUGCUUCACAGAUGGAAGUGCUAUUAUUCUUUCUGUAUACUUAGAAUCAUUUUUUAUAACAAAGAUCAUUCAAAAUUGUAACUCAACACAGCAAUAUAACAAAGGAUUCAGAGUAGUCUUCAAACGUGUGACUGUGCCCAUAUUACAAAAAAAUAGACUAUAAGUAUGAGCUGUACUUCAUCUACCUUCUUAACAUUAAUUAAUGACUAAGUUGAUACUUCAUCUGUUAUCAUUACAUUUAAUGGGAUUUCCCUUGGACCACACAGCAAUAAUGUCAAAUGUAUGAUUAUUCAGAUAGCAGUAUUAAAUUUUCAUGUUGCUGUUUUCCUGAGAUAUGUGAGAAGCAGUAAUGCUAAUUCAGAUGUCAUUCUCCCCUGUAUUAAAAUAAACAAAAUUUUAUUAAAAAGUUUGUUGGAAAAAGGUUGAAGUACAAGCUAUCGAUUUUUCCUUCAUCCAUUUUUCUUUUCUUUUAUCUAUUUUUUGUUUUUGUUUUCAUUUUGGAAACUUGAAAUGUGCAAUUUUUAAUAAAGACUGUAUUACAAGUAAACAA